UGGUUAGCCAAUAGCCAAUAAAACUGAAAAAAAAAGAAGCGGAAGGAGGAAGUGGCAUUAGCGGCUAACAUUAGCUUAACGACCUUUCAUCCGAGAUCUGAAUACUACUAACUUAUGCCGACUUCCCUGAACCGACAAAGGCAUGCCACAGAAAGAUCCGUGUCAAAAGCAAGCAUGCGCAAUUCAAAAGUGUUUACAAGCUAAUAAAUACGUGGAGAGCAUGUGCGAGGAUGUGAUCAGGGAGAUGCGGCGGUGCUGUGAGAUGCAGGCUGGAAACUCCAUCUGCUGCUCCGGGUUCAAAGACUCAAAACCUGCGGAGAAGAAAAGUAAAACAUAGCUCCCUGUGGGAUGCUUUUGAUGGUAAUUAUGUCAGAAAGUGACACUGUGUCAUUGUUGUAUUGACCGAAUAACUGCUGUGUUUGUUGCAACAGUGCAGACAGACAGAUGUUUCUUACAUCAUGUGGAAGAAUAUGAAUUUCCACAUUUUGGCACAUACGUAUACUGGAGCCGGUAAACACACAGUAUAUGGAGUAUAACUUUUAUUAAUGUUAAUAAUUACAUCUGUGUUUGACAAGCCAUACACCCAUGUGGCCCAGUCUCAGCAUAAAGCUGAACAUUGUAUUAUAAGAUGCUCAAUGUAGUAUUUAUUAAAGGGAAGUUCGACUGAA